AUCAAAAUACACCUAAACAUCAGCAAACAUUAUUUGUUUUCCAGAUAUGACUGUAAAAAGCUGUGGGGUACCUUUCAGCAGGCCUAUGUGGACAAGGAUCCAUGUAAAGUUCUAGUGGAAGCUUAUGAUCCCCUGAUUGCUGCAGCCCCCUUCAAACCUCAGUGCAACAAAAUGAUGUUCUGGAGCAAAACAAAGGAUGUGGUCCAUGGUUUCACUGAGAAGAGAAAGGAUUGUUUUGUCACUUUGGAGGACACUCUGUUGGGAUCUGUCCUCGAUGGUCUGACCUGGUGUGGAAAAGAAGGCAGCAAGGAUACCUUCACUACUGGGUGUCCCAGAUGGUCAGAGUGUGAAAACAACCCUGUUCGCUCAUUUUGGAUUUGUGCCUCUGCUGCUUUUGCAGAUGUUGCCUGUGGUGAUGUCACGGCAAUGUUAAACGGAUCCAUCAACACGCCAUUCAAUCCUACAAGUAUUUUUGCAAGCGUUGAGGUGCCGAGGUUUAAUGCCUCUAGGGUCAAGAAGCUGAAUGUUGUUAUGGUCAUACAGAAGAACAACAUAUCAAACUGUAAUCAUUCAUCCUUGAAGAAUUUGACGCAAGCGCUAGAUAAAGGGAUAACAUACAGCUGCAAAGACGUGUCUGAAUCUCGUAUCCAGGAAUGCGGUGCCAAACCACAGAUAGCGUGUGGAGACUGCUGGUGAAGAUGUCUGAUGUCAGUCACAACAUGGUAGCAUUCAGUUACAGAAACAUUUCUAGUGUUUCCUUUUAACUUUUUAAAUAAAAUUUGAGAAUUUUUGUACAUGUAAAAUGUAUUUUUCUAAACAUGUAUGUUUCUAAUACAUUCCACUAUGACAAUGUACAUUUAAAUUUUAUGGGAUCUGAAGUUAAACUUCUUUGUUUUUUUAAACUAAACAAUUGAGUACCAUGCCAUCUCCUCGUUGGCAGAAUAUGCACUAUUUUUUCAAUAAAAUGCUGA